CUUUUCGCCCACAAGAGAAACUUUGAUGACAGCUGAAAAAGCCAGUCAAGCAUAGAAAUCCUCAUAUCUUUGCAAGGUCAGUUGACAUUUAGUUUUUCUACAUUUAUUUCGUUCAAGUAUAUUUAAUGCUUUUUGUCGAAGUUAGAAAGUGUGUAAAUCAGAAAGAUUUUAGGGAUGGCCCUCGUUGGUAUCAGAAAUCUUGGCUGGCAGACUAAUAAAUCUAAUGAUCUGGUUGAAUCUUGAUUACGUACAAAUUUUUAAGAAGGUCUCACUGGGGUUAGCCGUAAGCCGUAAAACGGCCGUAAAAUUUGGCCGUUGGGCGUAAAAAUUGAGAGAGUGUAACCGCUAGUCGUAAAAAAAGUUAAGUGAUAACAAAGGAGAGAUAUUCACGCAAGAGUUGUCGUGUGUCCUAAGUUUUUGGUUUUAUAUCCGUUCACAGGAUGGCACUGCACUCUGCUAUGUCUUACUCAAUGAUGGUACUUUUACUGCUGAUCAGUAGAAACACCCAAGGCAGACCUGCAGCCCCUCAAUUCCCAUUCAGUUCGCUCAUUCCUACCACACUACCGCAAGGAUGUGACAUAUACGGAGACCGAGUGUACCUUCCUGGGGAAGUCAUAGCUGGCGAUCCUGACGGCUGUUUUGCAGUGGUUUGUACAGAGCAUGGAAUACAGAUUUGGGAUGGAGAUUGCCAUACCUCCACCGCCAACCCGAGUCCUCCCUCCUCAACCCCUGCAACAUUUGAAGUUGAACUCACAACCGAACGGCCCCCGCCAAGUUUUCCGGGGUUUCCAUUUGCGGGCGUGUAAGGCUAUCAAGGUUUAUUUAGCAUCGAGUAGAACGUUUCUCUUUAUGAUGCUAGGAAUAAUGUAGCUUAAUUACUGAUUAACUAUGUAUCAGAGGCGAAAUACUGUGUUGCAAUAAAAAGGGG